GGCCUUUUCUGUUUCUGGAUGUGAAUGAAGUCAACACUUCCUGUCUGUGAUCGAGCUGCAGGACUGUCUGUAAUUUAUGAACAAACGUGUUACCGAUCCAGUCGUCGUGCACUGAUGUGAUUGUCAUGGUUUACCUGUUCUUCCUGUACCACCUGCAGGACCUGCUCACAGCUUCACCUGUGACUGUAAACCAACUGCAGAUGCAGCUGCUGUUGGCGUGUUACUUCCUGUUGGUGUGGCUCGGCGCUGAAGCGGCUCCAGCUGCAGAUGAGAUCACGUACCUGCCGGGCCUGCCAAAACAGCCGAGCUUCAAGCAGUAUUCUGGAUACCUGAGCGUGGCUGAUGGAAAACACCUGCACUACUGGUUUGUUGAGUCACAGAACAACCCGUCCUCAGACCCGGUGGUGCUGUGGCUGAACGGCGGCCCUGGCUGCAGCUCGUUGGAUGGACUGCUGACCGAACACGGACCCUUCCUGAUCCAGAGCGAUGGAGCAACGCUGGAGUACAACCCGUAUUCCUGGAACAAGAUUACUAACAUGUUGUACCUGGAGUCUCCAACGGGGGUCGGCUUCUCAUAUUCAGAUGAUAAGAACUACGUCACCAAUGACACCGAGGUGUCGAUGAACAACUACCUGGCUCUGAAGGAGUUCUUCCGCCUGUUUCCAGAGUACAGCAAGAAUGAGCUCUUCCUGACCGGAGAGAGCUACGGAGGAAUCUACAUCCCAACACUCGCUGAGAGGGUGAUGGAGGAUAGCAGCCUCAACCUGCAGGGCAUCGCUGUGGGAAACGGGAUGUCGAGCUACGAGAUGAACGAUAACUCUCUGGUGUUUGCCUACUACCAUGGCCUGCUGGGCAGCCAUCUAUGGGCGGAGCUUCAGACCUACUGCUGCAGCAGUGGGAAAUGCAACUUCUACGACAACCAGGAUCAGAACUGCACCACCAGCGUGGGGGUGGUUCAAGACAUCGUCUACAGUUCAGGGUUGAACAUGUACAACCUCUACGCUUCCUGUCCAGGUGGAAUUCAGCAGAGACUCAAUGUUGAGAAGGGCCAGUUGGUGAUCCGAGAUCUGGGAAACUCAUUUAUCAAUCACCAGUUGACCCAGCUGUGGACGCAGAAGGUCAAAGGUCUGGCAGCGUUGCUCCUGUCUGUUCGCCUGGACCCCCCCUGCACCAACUCCACCGCCACCUCCCUCUACCUGAACAACCCGCUGGUCAGAAAAGCCCUGCACAUCAGCCCCGAUGCUCUGGACUGGGUCAUCUGCAGCUCUGAGGUGAACCUGAACUAUGGUCGGCUCUACAUGGAUGUCAGGAAACAGUACCUGAAGCUGCUUGGCGCUCUGAGGUACCGGAUCCUUGUGUAUAACGGUGAUGUGGAUAUGGCAUGCAACUUCAUGGGGGAUGAGUGGUUUGUGGAGUCUCUGCAGCAGCAGGUGGAGGUUCAGAGGCGUCCGUGGAUCUAUAAUGAUGCUGAUGGUCAGCAGGUUGGUGGCUUCGUCAAAGAGUUUGAUAACAUCGCCUUCCUCACUGUGAAGGGUUCAGGCCACAUGGUUCCAUCAGACAAACCAGCUGCUGCCUUCACCAUGUUCACCAGAUUCAUCAAGAAGCUGCCCUACUGACUCCUGACCUCACAAGCUCCUCAUCUGAUUUGAUUCUUUUUUUUUUUUUUUUUUCCUCCCCCACUGCCAGCCAAUCAACAUGAUUCUCUUCUGUGUUUCUUGGCAACCGGAUUAAUGUAGAAGGACAUUAAACAUUUCAGACUUCAGCCAAUCACGUUGCUCCUCUUGGCCAGCUUCCUCACCUGGUCACCUUUUUGGUUGUCAUGGAAAUGAGCACUGCCACCAUUUUUUUUUUUUUUUUUUUUUUUUUUUUUUUUUGUUU